CUGGAUUUAAAACGCUGUCGUUUACACUUAAACUUUAAAAAUUUCCAGCCAUCAUCAUUGCCAUAAAAAACUAUUUAACUGAUUCGAAUAAUAUCUUCUCGCAGGUUCUAGUUUAAACCAUCUCUGAGAGUACCAGUAGUUGAAUUACAUAGAAGGUACUUUCUCUUCUUCUUCCUGUUCCUUUCUGAUCACAGUCAUCUAGAAUGGCCAACAGACCUCAAAUUCGUACCAGUGAUUCAGCUCUCAUCGCGAUGAUUGCCGAUGAGGACACUGUAGUUGGAUUUCUACUUGCUGGAGUUGGAAAUGUUGACUUGCGGAGAAAAACAAAUUACCUUAUUGUGGAUUCAAAAACUACUGUGAAACAAAUUGAAGAUGCAUUUAAAGAGUUCACAUCCAGGGAGGAUAUUGCAAUAGUGCUGAUUAGCCAGUUUGUUGCAAAUAUGAUAAGGUUUUUGGUUGAUAGCUACAAACAACCAAUCCCUGCAAUUUUGGAGAUUCCUUCUAAGGAUCAUCCAUAUGAUCCUGCACAUGAUUCAGUUCUUUCACGAGUGAAGUACCUCUUCUCUGCAGAAUCUGUGGCAUCUGGGAGACGCUAAGUCAAGGUAUAUAUUCACUUGAUGCUACAGAUUCAUAUUACCUUCCCUGAAUCAUAUAUUGUUGCUAUCUAUCUACUAUUUAGGAAUUUUCAAUGCAAUGGAAUACAAGUUGUGAUGGUUUCCCUUUUAAAUGAUGUUGAAGAAACAAAGUGAAGCAACCCUCUGGAUAUGCAAGAAUUUGAAUGUCAUUUUGUGAAUGUAAAAGAUACUUUGAUGGAUGCAACAAAUUUCAGUUA